AUGAAAGUAGAUAUCAAUUAUUUCGAAUACAACAGAUUGGAGGAUAUUCUAGUCUCUGUUGAAAUCAUCAAAAUCUUUGGGAUUGUAGAACUUCAAAGAUAUAAUCGAUCAGAUAGAUAUUUGAUAUUCAACGGUCUUACACACGCUCAAUCACAAUUGAUUUACAACAGAAGUAAUCAUGUAACACUUAGAUCCUAUCAAUUACAAUUUCAACAAAUAUCAGAUAUUCAAUCAUGUAAUCUAAUGAUUUGUGAUCAUAGUAAAGCUCUUGACAAGUCAACUACCAAAUUCUAUGAUUAUAUAAUAGAUACUUUGAUUAACCUAAAGAAUAUCUUGAUACAAACAGUUUCUCAAAUGAAGAAUACAGAUAAUCUUUCAGAGAAAAUACUUUUGAAUGUAAAGAGUGUUUAUAUCAGAUUAAUUUGGCUAGACAAUUACAAAUUUAAUAUUUCAGAUAGUAGUAUAAUUGAACUAAAAUGCUUCUCUGAAAACUUGAAGAUAUUAGCAGGUUCACUUCCAAACACUCUUGAAAAGAUAUCUAUCUAUAAUACUUUCAAUGCGAAUGUGCUGCCAAAUAGUAUUAGAACUAUGACAGUCGAUCGUGAAGAGCAAGAUUUUAUUCCUGGAUUGUUCCCUCAGUCAUUGGAAUCACUCUAUCUAUCUCUAUAUCGUAAUACAUUGGCGGAACACUGUCUACCACAUAAUCUGAAAUUAUUGAAUAUUGGUACAUUCCAUAAACCCGAUGACUAUAUUAUUGAUGUCGGACACCUACCUAGAUCACUUGAAACGCUUCAUUUAGAUUAUGAUUUUGCUGGUCAAACUGAGAACCUAUCGAUGCUCUCUCAAUUCCAAAGUCUGACAACAAUAGAUGGAUGUAGUUUAGAAUGGAUCGAUUCACUUCCACCAUCGGUCACCAACCUUACAUUUAGCUGCAUGAUUCUAGAUGAUGGUUAUAUUGAACCUGGUGUCAUUCCAUCGACAAUCACCAGUCUUGACUUUGGUGGCAUGACAGAUUUCAAAUUGAAACCUGGUAGUAUACCAUCGAGUGUCAUAAGCCUAACUUUACCUGACUAUCAACAUCGUAUGGAAGCUGGUAUCAUACCGAUUGGUGUGAAGCUAUUGGAUAUCACAGUGGAAUUGGAUGAUUUUUCAGUUGAAUGCAUACCAAACACUGUGGAAUCAUUGAAAAUUUCCAUUUAUUUCGGUUCAGAUAACUCAAAACCAAAGUUAUUAGAUUUUUAUGUACUACCAUCGAUUAAGAUACUUUUGGUAAUAGGAGAAAGAAAGAUAAGCAGAUUCCCACCCAAUUUGGAAUCACUUAGACUAGCUGGAGAUGGUAAAUUAUUAUAUUCAUCAUUACCACCGACCUUAAAGAAACUCAAACUAGAUUGUACUUAUCUCAUCAACGAUACUUUGAAUGACAAUAGUCGACACCACCACCAACCGAAAAGAUUGAUAAUGAAAGUAGAUAGCUUUUAUUUCAAUGAAAACAGGUUGGAAGAUCUUCCGUUCUCUGUUGAGAUCAUCCAAAUAGAUAGGAAUGUAGAACUUCGAAGAUUCAACGGAUCGAGCAGCAUCUUCAUUGGUUACAAUCGAGAGUAUCCUGUGAAUGGUGGAUUCAUAGAAUCAACUGAACAAUUGAGAGAUUUAAUUCGCAACAAAGUAUUGGAAAGAAAUAUAGAUAAUGAUAAAAUAACAAGAUUCAUUACAUAA